AUUGACGAGAUGGGUUUGAUUCAGCACCCGCCAUGGAUCCUCAAGUGCAUUCAACUUUAUGAGACGCAGCGCGUCCGCCAUGGUAUGAUGACAUUAGGCCCUUCAGGUGCCGGAAAGACUAAGUGCAUUAAUGCAUUAAUGCGUGCCAUGAGUGAAGUUGAAGAGCCUCAUCGUGAGAUGCGCAUGAACCCAAAAGCGAUUACAGCGCCUCAGAUGUUCGGUCGCCUUGAUGUGGCUACCAAUGACUGGACGGACGGUAUCUUCUCAACGCUCUGGCGACGAACUCAUAAGGCGAAAAAAGGCGAGCAUAUCUGGUUGAUUUUAGAUGGCCCAGUGGAUGCUAUAUGGAUUGAGAACCUCAAUUCCGUACUGGAUGAUAACAAGACAUUAACUCUAGCCAACGGUGAUCGAAUCCCGAUGGCGCCAAACAGCAAGAUCGUCUUCGAGGUGCACAAUAUUGACAAUGCUUCUCCAGCCACGGUUUCGCGCAACGGCAUGGUGUUUAUGUCUAGCUCUAUACUGGAUUGGAAACCAAUUCUGAUGGGUAAAAUUCAUACAUAUUUUCAUCUCGUUUAG